AUGGGCGAAGCGCUAAGCGGACGGCAGGCGCUGCCGGUGUGGGCCGGCCGGGAGACGAUUGUCGAGCGGAUUCGUGAACAGGACACGGUGAUUCUUGUGGGUGAAACGGGUAGUGGUAAAACGACACAGGUGCCGCAGUUUCUGCUGGAAGACGGCAUCCUUCCGCGCGACAGCCGGCUGAUGAUCGGCAUUACGCAGCCCCGUCGUGUCGCUGCGACGUCGCUUGCGCGCCGUGUCGCAUCCGAGAUGGGGUGCGCAGACCCAGCGACGCUCCUGCACAAAGGAAGUGACGACAAGCCGGAGUAUGUCGGUUACUCGGUCCGUUUCGACGACCGGACGAACAAGAACACCAAGAUCAAGUUUAUGACCGAUGGUAUGCUCAUCCGCGAAGUCCUCGGGCCAGCGGAUGCGGCGCUGGAAAAAGGCAAGACAAGGACGGGGCUCUUGAAGCGGUACGGCGUGCUCAUCAUCGACGAGGCGCACGAGCGCUCGCUCCGCACCGAUAUGCUGCUUGGUCUCGUGAAGCAAAUCCAGCGCGAGCGGCGGCGGCGGCACGAGGCUGGAGAGGCUAUUACGCCGCUCAAGCUCGUGAUUAUGAGUGCUACGAUUGACGCCGAGCUGUUCUCGCGCUUCUUUGCGUCCGAAGCUACGCCCACUGUCCCGAUCCUGUACGUCGCUGGGCGUCAGCACGGCGUGCGGCUGUACCAUACCGAAGAGAGCUGCCAAGACUGGACAGAUGCAGCGGUGCGUGCGGUGAUGCAGAUCCAUGUGUCCAAACCGCUCGGCGACGUGCUCGUCUUUGCGACCGGCCAGGAAGAGAUCGAGUCGCUCGCACAGUCGCUGCAGCUCUUUGCCUCGCAGCUCGACGCCUGGGGCGCGGACGAAGGGCGCGAGCCUCCGGCCCUGAUUGUGCGCCCGCUGUAUGCGGCGCUCGGCCCUGCGGCCUCGACGGCCGUCUUUGCGCCGACGCCGCCAGAUACGCGCAAGGUCGUCCUGGCGACCAACAUUGCCGAGACCAGUAUCACGAUUCCCGGGGUGAAGUACGUGAUCGACUCGGGCCUCGUCAAGGAAAAGGUGUUUUCGCCGCAGACAGGGAUCGAGACACUGCAAGUCCUCCCCAUCUCGCAAUCGUCCAGCGUGCAGCGCGCCGGUCGUGCGGGUCGUGAAGGGCCGGGCGAGUGCUACCGCCUCUAUACAAAAGACGCCUUCCAGGACCUGCAAAAGUCGCCAGUUGCCGAGAUUCACCGCACGGAGCUCUCCGGCGCGGCGCUCCAGCUCUAUGCGAUGGGCGUCGAUCCGUUUACCUUUGACUGGAUCGAUCCGCCGGACACGUCGCUGCUGCAAGAGGCCGUGCUGCACCUGGCCGAGCUCGGUGCAAUCGAUACGCAGCGCGAGUCCAAGGCGAUGCGCCUUACGCCGCUGGGCCGCAAACUUGCUCUUCUUCCCAUCACGCCGUCGUACGCACGCCUGCUGCUGGCCGCGGCAGAGCGCGGGACGCACUGUGCGCGCCAGGCUCGGGACCUCGUCUCGGUCCUCUCUGCAGACCGCGGCGUGUUUGUCGAGCCGCACGACCCCGAGCGCCGCGAGGCUGCGGAGCGUGCACGCGAUGUGUUCCUCGACCCCAGCGGGGACCAUGCGACGAUGCUGAAUGCCUUGCAAGGCUACCUCGCUGCACGCACGCACGCAACGCAGAGCCAUGCAUUUGCAAGCCAAGGCGCCAAGCACGAGCUGCGCAUGUGGUGCCAGGCCCACUCGGUGCACGAGCGCACAAUGAAGAAUAUCCUUGCGAUUCGGAAGCAGCUCAUGCGCAUCUGCCGCCAGAAUGGCAUCGUGUGCGACGACGACGAUGACGAGCCGCGUGCCAAGAGUGCACCCAUUUCGGACGACGAGGACGAGGGCGAUGCGCUCGUCGUUACCAAAGGCGGCCGUGCAUGGAAAGCGGGCCGCGGCGAAGCGGAGGACUACCUCGACCUGCUGCAGUGCCUCGGCCAGGGCCGCCUGAGCAACACGGCGCUGCGGCAGCCCGACGGCACGUUCCGCCGCAUUGCAGGCGGGCAGUCGUUCAAGCUGCACCCUGCGUGCACGCUGCAUCCUGCUCGGCACAGCGCGCGCGGCACGUCUGCAUCGUCCGUGCAGGCCAUUGUGUUCGAAGAGCUCGUGCUUACGUCGCAAACGUUUGCGCGCACCGUGUCCAAGAUCGAGCCUGCAUGGCUGCAGGAGCUCGUCGGCGGCCGGGCGGAUAAGUAG